CAGCGGCACAGGCAUCAGCGGUGGGGGCACCAGUGGGAGCAGCAGCAGCAGUGGCGAGGGUGGCGGUGUUGAGCGGCUGGCCUACGCUGCCGACUGGCUGGUGGGCGGGUGGCCGCAGCGGGGCGCGCUGGGGUACUGGGACCCGGAGCUCACCAACGGCAGGGCCAAGCAGGUGUUUGGCCACCUGGUCCGAGCCCCCGGCCCCACCACUGUGGGCAAGGACGCCGUGCGCAUGCAGUACGGCGAGUACGACUGGGACCUGGCGGCGCUGUCCGCCGGUGGGCCCUACGCCUUCCUGGGCUCGCCCAACGCCUCCGAGCCGCCGCGUGUGCUGGCGCUGCUGCCGCAGGUUGACACCUCGGUGCAGGGGCUGGCGCAUUGGAGCAACACGGUGCGGGGGCUGGUGCAGGUGGCGCUGCUGACGGGCAGGCGGGUGGUGUGGCCCUCCGUGCCCUGCAGCAGCCCCUGGGCGCUGCCCAACCCCGGCUCGCGGCGGGGGCUGCCGCUGAACGUGAACCUGAAGUUCCUGGCCCAUGGGUCGUUCAGCGAGGGGCUCAUGUGCACGCCGGCGGUGGUGUUCCACCAAAAGUGCUUGUACGAGCGCCACGUGGUGGUGCGGAACGAGGGGGGAGGCGAGGGGGCGGGUGGAGGAGGCGGUGGCGGGGCGGCUGCUGCCAGCAACAACACGGAGGUUGAGGAGGGCGGCGGGGGUCCCGACUACACCGUGCGUGUGGAGGGGCCUCGCGGGCUGCUGCCCGGGGAGUUCGUGCGGCUGCUGCAGCUGCUGCCGGCGGCUGAGGGCGCCCCGGGGCCGCACAACACCGUGCACCUGGCCACCAAUGACGACUACGAGGACGACAGCGAGGACCGGCCCGUCAUGUUUGACGAGCCGCCCAGGACACCGGGUAUCGCCUACCUGAAGGCCGCCUCCGUGGCCUCCGCGCUGCGCUCCGGCCCCCUGGCGGCCCAGCCGGUGCUCUACCUGGCGCAGCGCACCUUCCUCACGCAGCUGGACAAGCUGGGCGAGCCGGAGCUGCUGGGCCGCUACCGCACCUUCCGCAACGAGUGCCCCGCGCUCAAGUGAGGGGAGAGGGGGGGCGGGCAGUACGCGCGCUAAAGCGAGGG